AUGGGUGCCGUCGUCUCUUGUUUCGAAGCCAUCUUCCGCACGAUUGGCAGCGUCAUCAUGGCCAUCAUCAGCGGCAUCGGCAACAUGCUCACUGCUAUUAUCAACGGCAUCGUCGCCUUCUUCGGCAUCAUCAUCUCCUGCCUGACGUGCGGUCGCUCCGGCGGCAACCGUCGCUACAGACAUCGAGGCAUGGGAGGGUCCAGAGUUAGGAGUACCGUAUAA